AUGAAGUUAAACUUAGAAAAUUUUGAAGUGCUUCCUUUGCUUGAGAGUAUUAAAAGCCUGUCUAAACCCCUGUUUCAAAAAAAUAAAAACAAAUUUUUGCUCAAAGCUCCUUUACAAAUCCCUGAAAUGUAUUCAGAUUCCACAAAAAUUCGUCAAAAUCUUUUGAACUUGCUCAGUAAUGCAGCAAAAUUUACCCAUGAAGGAAAUAUCACAUUAGAUAUUAAAGCUGAUUCUAACCAAAAAUGGAUCUCUUUUAACGUUUCAGAUACAGGGAUUGGAAUGAAGCAAGAGCAGUUGGGUAAAGUUUUCGAUGCUUUUACACAAGCUGACUCAACAACCACAAAAAAAUAUGGUGGAACAGGUCUGGGGCUUUCCAUUACAAAACGGUUUUGUGAGAUGCUCGGUGGAGAAAUCACUGUAGAAAGUACCGUUGGAAAAGGGUCUGUGUUCUCUAUGCUGCUCCCUGUUCGAUCACAGGACAUAGAACCUGAUGAAGAUGCAGCUUAA